AUUAUUCAUUGUCAAUGAUUCACAAAAAGACCGUUAUUCAUCAACGUAGUAUAUAUAUUGCUGCUACGAUACAACGUAGGUGCAAAAGUGCAUCAUUCUGCAACAUGAAGGCGGCAGUCGUACUUCUACUGUUGAUCGUGGCUUGCGUUCUGUUCGAGGAAUCUGAACAAUUUGGAUGGAGAAGAUGUGGAUGGCGUAGAGGUUGGAGACGUCGUUGUUGGAGACGUAGAACUACCACGACCACGACCACGACCACUACGCGGCCAUCUACAAAUGCUACUCAAGCAUUUUUACCCAUUGCAGUACCUCCUAUUUCCACAUCUGGUAGAAAAAGGCGCGAGAUUAUAGAUGAUAUGGAUGAUACACUCCCACCAAUUAUAAUAUAAAUGUGAGGAAAUUGAGACGUCGAAUUGUGGAAUAAAAUAAUGUAGAGAUCCCAGGGAACUUCGCCAGAGCAUUAGCAAUUCUAGCACAUUAAUAUUAAUAAUGAAUCCAAGUAAUCUUUGAUGAAGCAAUAAACCGCAAUAAAGAUGUAUUAGAUGCUUACAUAUAAA